UUGCGCGAAAAAAUGGCGCACGAAUUGUUUGUGGUCGCAGCAUAGUGCAUUUCAAAAUAUGGUUUUAAAGCCGGGCUGCUACAGUUAAAAACACAUUACUAUUUAAGUAAAAUCAAUGUCGGACAUUAAACGAGUGAGUUUAACGUCAUUCGAGCCCCCUAGGGCGAAGCCCGAAGCCAAAAAACAUUCCAGAACGGUGCGGAUUCGGGUCAAGCUGCCCGAAUCCAACGAAGACAAAUGUCCGGAAUUCAACUAUAAGGACGAGCUAGCGGCUGCAAAGAAAAAACUCAAACAAAAUGGCAAAGAACCCAACAACGUCCCAAACGGUUUGGACCCAUUCGGCGAAGAAAACGACGACGAUGUCCGACGUAUCGCCUUGGAAAUGGAAGCCAAAUAUGGCAAUGUAGGGAGUUCUGGCCCCAAAAAAAAACGCCAGGGCCGCAAAGACGACUACGCUGACAUCGGAGCAGGCUACGAUGAGUCAGAUUCUUUCAUAGACGAUACAGAUGGGUAUGACGAAAUUAUACCCCACAAUGUUACUACUGCUAGAGGGGGCUUUUACAUAAACAGCGGAGCCUUAGAGUUUAAAAAAGAUGAUGAAAUCACGUCUGAAGUAUCUUCUAGCAGUAGCUCUAGUGAAAGUGAAGAAGAAGAAAAGAGUCCAGAGAAAGUUAACAGAAAAAGAGUACUGGAUACAACUGAUGAAGAAGAGGAGGACAGCAACAAAAGUGCCCCAGCGGUUGUUGCAGAAACUCCAAACAUUAGCAUGCACCAGGCCAUUAAAAAGAAACUUUUUAGUACUGAGAAAAUUCAAAUUAAAAAACGCAAACUCGCCGAUCAACAAAAGAACACUGUCAAAGAACUGUUGAGAGAGAAAAGAACUGAAACUAGUAAUAUUAAUGCUAAUAAUAGUAGUGAUAAAGACACUUCAAAAGAAAACAAAAAACCGAUGAAGUUAAGCAGCGUAGACGACACAAUAGAUUCAGUAAUUAACCGGGAAAUUCUCUUGACAGACAGAAAAAUCGAAAAUAAAAUCGUCCUUCCUGAAUCAAUUAUUCCAGAAUCCAACAGAAAUGGCGAACAAUUGUUGGAUACUGAUGCAAGCGAUACUGACACCUCGAAACAAGAGUAUGUCAAGCUACCUGAAAAUCUGCCAGCGGACAUUUCAGAGCUGAUUGAAAACAUCAAAGCGGCUGCUGCAAACUACAAAGAUGGAAAAAAGUUGAAGUUUUUUAGUGGAGAUGUUAAUACUAUGUUAUUGAAUUUGGAACGUAAGUGUAAAGUAUUGGGAAGAUCCUCUAGGGCAAGAGUCUAUGAACACUUGGCUCCAUUUGUCAGGUGUCGCAAAGAGACGCUGAUGAAGCGAGCCAAAAAUCUGGUCUACCAAAGCGAACAACAGAAAUUGACGAAUACGAUUGCCAACUUGAGAGGUCAAAUUGACAGGUUGAUGCCGGCCUUGCAAGCAAAUUAUGAUUUGGAUUGUCAGAGGAUGGCGCUGAGAAAGCUGUCUCAAGAAGUGUCUGACAAUGAGACAAUCAAACAACUAAACAUGCCUAGAAGAAGAUUUCCAUUACACGAGGAUAUGAAGCAAAUUCUCAGGGACAUAGUUACCAGCAAAAGACGUUGCUUUAUACACGAAGGCCAACCUAAAACCGCCUUGGAAAACAUACUAAUCGACUAUUUAAAAACGGAAAUUUUGGGCUUAUGGCCCGACGGUUGGAUGUCAAUGGCAGUCCUAAAGAAAUUCUUCAAUAGCGUCCCAAUGAAAACCCCCGAUCCCAAACUCCUUAUUGGCAAACAACAAAAAGCCCCAAGCAACAACGUAAAACCUUUGAAUUUAGGUCCAAAACUAAACGAAGUCAGACAAGAUAAAAUAGUGCAAACGAUAAUUGUACCGGAAAAAGUGAAAAACCACGCUGACAAUGGAGUGAUAGUUUUAGGUAGCAGCAAAAUAAAAGACGAAUCAUCUGUGAUACAUCCUAACACGCACUGCCAAAUAAUCGAUCUCACCGAUACCCCAAAAAGCAGUCAGCAAUUUCAAAAACUAAAAGAGAAAUUUCCAAAUUUGAGCGUCACAACCAAUCAUCAUUUACAAAACGACCCUGACGAUGUCCAAAAAGUCAUGGAGAGCCUUAAAGCCUUGCAGCAGCUGUCUUCGCCUUCAAAAGGUGAAAUUUCCAAUCCUGCAGUGUCAGUGAUAGCCAUCAACAAAAAUUAUUCGAAUUCUUCCAGUCAAAAUAGCGCAGCUGCUAGUAAAGAAAGGACGAGUUUUAGUGGGGCUUUCGGCUACCAUCCAGUGGAUCAAAAACAAUUAUUUGCUUCAACAUCCAAGACUGGAUUUAAUAAUAAAUAAGUUUGGUUUGUUGAUUUGAAAAUGAAGCAGCCUUAAAGCCGCGUACAGACUGAAUUUUCAACGCUAGCCAAGGACACAUGUGAACUAUGUUGCUAUUGGCCUUGGUAUGUACGCGGCUUUAGAUUUUCUGCUGCAUUCAAAAACAACUAUACCCAACAACAUUAUUGUUUUUCUUUUUUUGUUUGUAUAGUUUUCUUUUAUACUAUGUAUAUAGAAAUUAUUUUUACUGCCUUUUUUCGUUAUAAUUUUUUUGAAUUCAAAUCUAGUUUUUCAUAAAUUCGAUAAGAGUUAAUGUAAAUUACCAAAAAAUUGAUUGUUUAUAGAUAGAAAUUAAAUUAAUUUUUAACUCUUA